AUGGCGUCCAACUUGAGGAAGUCAAAUGUAGCCUCCACCAGCUACAAGAGAAAGGUGGGUCCUAAGCCUGAACUCACCGAAGACCAAAAGCAAGAAGUUCGGGAAGCCUUUGACCUCUUUGAUUCUGAUGGGAGCGGGACCAUUGAUGUGAAGGAGUUGAAGGUGGCCAUGAGAGCUCUAGGCUUUGAACCCAGGAAGGAAGAGAUGAAGAAAAUGAUUUCGGAAGUAGACAAAGAGGCCACAGGGAAGAUCAGCUUCAAUGACUUCUUGGCUGUGAUGACUCAGAAGAUGGCCGAGAAAGAUACCAAAGAAGAAAUUCUGAAGGCUUUCAGGUUGUUUGAUGAUGAUGAAACCGGGAAAAUCUCGUUCAAAAACCUCAAGCGUGUGGCCAACGAGCUGGGGGAAAGCCUCACAGAUGAGGAGCUGCAGGAGAUGAUCGAUGAAGCUGAUCGUGAUGGCGAUGGAGAAGUGAACGAGGAAGAGUUUCUUAAGAUCAUGAAGAAGACCAACCUUUAUUAA